AUGACUGGCCUUCUCAGGCCCUGUCCACUCAGCAGAGCAGAACCCCUUUUCCUUCUGGCUCCUCAGGCACCUCCAUACCUGGAGGNGAGCUGCACUGAGCCUACUGCAGUCCUGGCGCAGCUGUGGCNCACUCUGAGGACCUUCACUCUGGAGGUUACCCAUCAGGACUUCCAAGGUAUCCAGGGUUCCCACAGGGGUUCCUGCAGGACUGGGGCUCUCCCACCUGCCCUGCCUGACUCCUGCCAUACUCCCAGAUGCAGACCCUCUCUCCCAUCCGAGUCCAUGGAGGCUGCACAGGAGCUGGAAAACCAGAUGAAAGAGCGCCAAGGCCUCUUCUUCGACAUGGAAGCCUAUCUGCCUAAGAAGAACGGGUUGUACCUGAGUCUGGUUCUGGGGAAUGUCAACGUGACACUUCUGAGCAAGCAGGCUAAGUUCGCUUACAAAGACGAGUACGAGAAAUUCAAGCUCUACCUCACCAUCAUCCUCAUCGUCAUCUCCUUCACCUGCCGCUUCCUGCUCAACUCCAGGGUGACGGACGCAGCCUUCAACUUCCUGCUGGUCUGGUAUUACUGCACGCUGACCAUCCGGGAGAGCAUCCUUAUCAACAAUGGUUCCAGGAUCAAAGGCUGGUGGGUUUUCCAUCAUUAUGUGUCCACAUUCCUGUCAGGAGUCAUGCUGACCUGGCCAGAUGGACUCAUGUACCAGAAGUUCCGGAACCAGUUCCUGUCUUUCUCCAUGUACCAGAGCUUUGUGCAAUUCCUGCAGUAUUACUAUCAGAGCGGGUGCCUGUACCGCCUGCGAGCCCUGGGCGAGCGACACACGAUGGAUCUCACCGUAGAGGGCUUUCAGUCCUGGAUGUGGAGAGGCCUCACCUUCCUGCUUCCGUUCCUCUUCUUUGGACACUUCUGGCAGCUCUUUAAUGCGCUGACAUUGUUUAACUUGGCCCGGGACCCCGAGUGCAAGGAGUGGCAGGUGCUCAUGUGUGGCCUCCCCUUCCUCCUCCUCUUCCUCGGCAAUUUCUUCACCACCCUCCGAGUGGUGCAUCAGAAGUUUCACAGCCAGCAGCACGGGAACAAGAAGGACUAAGCUAGAUCUGAUGCCAGCCCCAAAGGGGCUUUUUGACCUGUGUGCCAGGUGGGGCAGCAGGUUGGGGUUACCCCUUGUGUAGGGGGUUCCCUUCUGUGCCCCCUGGGCUUUGUGGGCUCUGUGGGCCCUGAGGAAGGCCUGGGCCUGGAGCCCAGCUUGCAGGAUUCGGGCUCUAGGCCUCAAUAAAGGAAGAGAGGCAUGGACUGAU